CCCUACAGGGACGAAAAUUUAGGGUACUUGACCGGAUCUAAGCUAUUCAGGUUUUCCACACUCCCUUUUUUAUCUCUCUUUAUCUGUCUCCUCCUCCCCUGUAGUCUUUGGCUUUCUGUCUCCUCAUCUCUUACUGUGAGUCCUUUUCGAGUAGGUAUGGAAGUGGCUGCCCUCAUGUCAAUGGAGACGCAGAGACAAUGGACUUGUUCUGCCACUGAGACGCUUCUCUUCCUCGUUGGAAGGAAUCUGGCUUGUCUGCUUCUCGCGGCAGAAUCUUUGCUGAUAGGGUUGAUUGCUGAAGAUCAGAGGCUUUCUGUGAAGGAGGGCUACAAAAAAGGACACCGAGAUGAGGAAAAUAAAGAUGCCAGUGACUCUGAUGAUGAUGACGAUGAUGAUGAGGACAACGCUGAUGAAGACGAUGAUGAUGAUGAUGAUGAUGCUAAUGAUGAAGAUUUUUCAGGGGGUGAAGGAGAGGAAGCUGAUCCGGAGGAUGACCCGGUGACCAAUGGUGGGGGAGGAAGCGAUGAUAAUGAUGAUGAUGACGAUGACGGGGAUGAGAGUGGUGAUGAUGAUGGAGAUGAGGAUGAGGAGGACGAAGAUGAGGAUGAUGAGGAAGAUGACGAAGAUGUUCGCCAGCCGCCUGCUAAGAAGAGAAAAUGAAACAUGAGAAAGAGGGGAUUGUUCAAGACUUGAAGAGGACCAUAUGUGUUGGUUUAAGUAGUGUAGGG